AUGGAUCACGACGCCGACCAUGAGCCAGAUCCAGCUUCAGGUCUAGGCUCAUGUUCAAUAGCACCGGAGAAUGGCUCGACAGGUCGAGCUAGUGCAGCACAGGCCAGAGAUGAUGUGGAUCACACUGAAGAAGAGCUAAAGCUCGUAUCACCCGUUCCACACGAGGCGAUGCACGAGGCGAUGGAUGAGGAUCCUCAACAUUCGGGUUCGGAUCACCCCGCGACACCAAUGAAUUUGUCCGGCGCGUUGGAGAAACAAGCCAGACAGGCCGAAGCCAACGCCAACGCCAACGAUUCAAGCUCGGACAACGCAUCCAAUGAACCCGCGAUCGCGGAAUUGGAGGAGAAAUCGGGUCUUGCCUUGUUCAAUAACCCGCCCAAUCUUUCGAGGAUCCGCCGGGUGCUAUUCGAGUGCAGUGACGCUAUCGAAAUCAGUCUUGAAGAAUAUCAAACCUAUUGGCCAUUUAUUGACAAUGUAUGGGUUAAACAAAGGUCCAAUUCCAGCAAAGAGGGCCACUGCACAACGGACUAUUAUAUGUGUCGAUUACGAAGGCCGACGCAUCGCAGAUCUGAGACUCAACCUCUGCCAGAAGGGAAGCGUCCCCGGAAGAAACGCGUACGGGAAGGGGGCAUGUGCAAUUUUCAGAUCAAGGUUGUACGUUUCGAAGGCGCUUAUUCGACCGUGACUAUCGCCAGAACGCCCGGAAGCAGCGACGUUCAUUCUCAUGAUCUCGACUUUAUCGAUCGAGUGAAGCGGAACUCUGGGCUCAUGGAGUCGGCGCGAAAGGAAUCAUGCAAGGGCUACCUUCCGUCAUCUAUAUACACCAAAUUCCAAGAAUAUCCUGAAAUGCUUUCGGAAGCUGGAGGUCGAUUCUUGACAGUCACGGACGUACGCAAUGUUUCUGCGAAAUGGCGCAUCCAGAACCCGGAGGUCAAGCUCAUUCCGCAUGAUGGCUACGAGUACCUAAAGGGUCAUGGGAUCGUGAGGUCCCAGGGUGCGGCGGAACGCUCCAACGAGACGAUAUCGGCCCAGUUACGAGUCCACCCCCAGGACUCGGCUCCGGCUCUUCCUCCGGAUAUCCUUUCUUUCCCGCAAUUUUCGUUGGACUUUUUACAGCCUUAUUUACCGAAUCAUGCCGAUCGUCGCGGCGAGUUUCCUCACGUCACGUUGUCCUACGCCUCAUCUAUGGACUCCAAGAUCUCUCUCCGGGCGGGCAUGCAAACGGUGCUAUCUGGACCCGAGGCGAAACUAAUGACGCACUACCUUCGUUCUCGCCAUGAUGCUAUUCUUAUAGGCGUGGGGACCGUGCUUGCUGAUAACCCCGGUCUAAACUGUCGUCUCAGAAGGAGCCGGGGGGUUCGGAGGCCUUGGAAGGAUGUGGCAGCCACGCCCGGUGGUGAUUGA